AUAAACCAGAGAUGAGUAUCGUAAUUUUUAUUAAGUAUCUCUCACCUCUCGUGCAUGCAUACAUAUAUUUUCAUGCAUAAGAGUUGCACAUAUUUUUUUGCAUAUUUAUUUCAUACGUGUAGUACUCACAAAUGUCUUUGAUAAAUUUGCCAUUUCUCCUCUGUGCCCUGACACUUUUUACAAUAUGUCAUAGUUUUAAGGUCGAUCGAAGAGCAGGGCCUGGCACAUUGAUCGUCGGGGGCAGUCCCGCCGCAAGAGGCGAAUUCCCGUGGCUCGUUUCCAUCCAAUUGAAGGGCUUUGGACAUAUUUGUGGAGGAACGAUUUUGAACAGUGAAUGGAUUCUAACGGCGGCGCACUGCAUGUUUGAAGACCUGCCACGUGGAUAUCAAAUCGUAGCAGGAGAAUAUUUACGAAAUGAGACUGACGCUUCUGAACAGAUCGUGGAUGUCGAGGGCUUCUUCGUGCAUGAAAAUUACAACGAAAACAACGUUCAAAAUGACAUUGGUCUAAUCCGUCUAAAAUCUUCCAUCAAAUUCGACGACGUCGUCAAAGCUGCCAAAAUUGGGGAUAAGGCUACCACCGCAGAAAACCAGCUGAUCACAGCUGGUUGGGGGUACACAGAGUAUGGGAUUCCCUCCAGCAGUAUCCAGCUUCUCAAGGUGACCGUUCCACUCCGACCGAAUGUUGACUGCGACCAAGGCUAUGGUCCAGGAUAUACCGGCGUGCAGCAAAUUUGUGCGGGGAUUGGCGGGAAAGACAGCUGUUCCGGUGACUCUGGUGGCGGUUUGAUUAACGCGGGAGACAAGACGGUUGUGGGCAUAGUUUCGUACGGUAACGAAUGCGGGCUUCAAGAAUACCCUGGAGUUUACACAAGAAUAAGUUACUAUCAUGACUGGAUUACUAAAACGAUGGGAAGCUCAGGAAAUAUUGGCAACACUGUCGCACUCCACACAAAAUUUGCUGUAUUUUUGGCAUGCAUUUUCCAAUUGUUAUAAAAUAUUUAAUGCAUUUGACAAGUCUGACAUAUGUAGGACGCGAUGGUAACAAUGUUUUUCAUUAAAAUUUAGCAAACUAUAGCUUAUAUAAUAGUAUUUUGAAACGAAAUAGUAAAAAUGCAAACCCACAAAA